AUGGAUGAAAAUCAACCAGACUCUGAUGAAAAUCCUGAAAUUAAAAAUCAAAAUGUUGAUGACUUCGAAUGGAAAUAUCAAAGAAAAUCAAACAAGAGAGGCAACAACGCACCAAGACUUGGUUCCUUUGUUCAAGGUAGAACAAUAACAUCGUCAUCGCGUGGAUAUGGUAGAACAGAAAACAAAAUAACACGUCACACACACACACAAGAUGAAGAAGAAAAGAAUGAAAGAAGAAGUGUCAAAUAUCAAUUGUCAAACUUAGAAAAACAUCAACCAGAUUCUGUAAAUGAAAUACAAUAUUUGGAUGCUAACUUCGCUAAUAAACAAACAAACAGAGAAACCCAAAAUCCAAGUGACGAUCAUCUUACAAAUGAAAAUAAGGAAUUUUAUGUAUCUCGACAAGCAUUAAGAUUUGCAGUUGAAGACAAAUUUCCACCUUUAAAAAUUCUGUGCGAUCCACAAUUGAAAGCACAUGAAGAUGGUGCAAGUAUAAUCAAAGAAUUUCUCAAAUAUAUCGAACAAAAUUUCAAAAAAAUGAAUCCACGUUUCAACCAACCACUUGGUUUCGAUCAUUAUGCUAUUGAUGGAACAGGAUCUCUCGUAUGUUACACAAAAUACAUCGAAUUAUUUAUUUACAUGUGCAACAUUAAUAACUACCCUAAAGAAAUGAAUAACAUAAAACUAACACCUGUAUUACCUACAAAGUUACCACCACGCAAUGCAAUCAUAUUGAAAUUUAUUGAUAAUACAAUUAAAUUAGAGGACAUACAAAUACAUGUAAAAGAGAAAUUGAAAAGCGUCUAUGCAAUAGAAGAAAUGAUGGGCACAAUGACUUAUCGCUCACGUCAUAUACGUAUUGAUUUAUUGUCACAAGAUGAAUGCACAAACACACUAAAUAGUGGAAAGUUUGCAUUACGUGGUCAUUUAUACGAUGUAGAUGAAUAUUUGCCAUCACCAAGAAUUCUUAUAUGCAAUAAAUGUAAUUCUCCAGGUCAUGUCAAAAAAUACUGCAAAUCAACAAUUGAAAUAUGUAAAAGAUGCGGCAAUGACAGACACGAUGGUGCUGAUCAUAAAAAUUGUAUCAUUAAAUGUCAUCAUUGCGGUGAAAAUCAUGAAGCGGUAAAUUUCAAAUGCAAAAAGAUAUCUAAAUUUAGACAAAACUUGCUCAAUAAAUUAAAAGAAAAUAAACAUUUAUUACCACCACACAUUCAAUUUUAUAUUCCACAACAAUACCGCGAUCAUAAAGGUGAAAAGGCCUUGAUGAGCAGUAAUGCUGCCAUACAUCAAUCGCAAGUCCAAUAUAAAGAGUUCUACCAUAAUAACCAACAUGAUUUUAACGUAUGGCCAAGAUUAAGUUCGAAUUUAUCAUUGCCAUCAACAGCAAUAAAUUCAAUGCCAAUAUGGAACAUCGAGUUGAAACAAGUUCAAGAAGAAUUAUACAACCUAAAACAAAAAAAUGAAUUAGAAGUCAAAAAAUGGAAAAUGGAACUUGAAACACAGACGCAAAGACUCACGCAAGGAUGGCAACUAAUCAAUCUACAAUUUGAAACACAAGCUGAAGCUAUACUCGACAUUUACACAACCUUAUCGGAAAUUUUACCACCUGUUAUACACACAAUUCAAAAAAUAAAUCAUGUUGUGAAGGAAACCAACAAAUUUGAUGCAGAUGAAAAUGAACGACAACGAAAAGAAAUAAUAUAUGGCACAAUCAAUGAAACAAUAUCUUCGCUCAAUAAUCGAUUACACCUACUAACUAAUCAUCAACAGAAACUCAAAACACUCAUGGAUAAACAAAACGCUUUGUUGUUGAGAGGUAUGAACACAAACGAACAAUCAAACAAUGAACUUUAA